UUCAUUGCCUAUCCCUUAAGUUUACUCUACUAUUAAUAAUACAUCCAUUCACAUUCAUUUGCUACAGUAUACUAUUAUCAAUUCAUUUCAUUGAAUUAAUUUGUAACACACAAUCAUAAACAAAGAUGUUGAAUUGGGGGCCAGUAUUGGUGGCAGUUAUACUCUUCAUCCUCUUAACUCCGGGACUGUUGUUUCAGGUGCCGGGAACUACCAAAUGCGUCGAGUUUGGCAAUUUCAAGACAAGCGGCGCAUCGAUAUUGGUCCAUACUUUGCUCUUCUUUUCCCUUGUUUGCAUAUUUCUUCUAGCCGUCAAAGUUCAUGUUUAUGCCGGCUAGUUAUUGUCGGGGAAUUGAUCGAUCUUUUGAAAGGUAUCAUGGUUUGUUUUGUUGUUAGAAUGUUUUCGUAAUGGAUUGAAGCUAAAAAUAAAAAAUGAAAUAGUUGUAUGUGUUUUUCAAGAUCUUAUUCAAUAAGAGUGAAUACAAACAAGGAGGAGAUUUCCUCUUCUUUUU